CGGCAUUCUCUUAUUAAAUUUAAAAAAAAAACCUGAUAUUAUCAACGGCAGCGCCUCCAGUGUAGAAAUUAUUUCUCCACAUUUUCGGCCGUUUCUUCGUUAAGAUCGUUCUCUUUCUAUCUAGACUCCAUGACUGCACCACCACCUUUAAUGCUCCAUGUGCACCACACUCAUUUUUAACAACUUGUAUGGUUGGCUUAUACCAAGACCCGAGCUGUCGGUUUGACAGGUUAGAAGGAGCGAUUCAAAUUUCCUCGAGAUUUCUCUGUAGCAUCCAAAUGUAGUAUCUGUUAAUAAUGUAUCGCAAAUAUUCCUGAAUCAAUUGUCAGGCUGUUGGUGGAAUCUUAUCAAACUAUAAUUGCAUGUACAACCUUGUCAUCGAUAAAACCGACCCUAAUCUCACCUAGCGUAACCUAAAUAUAAUUGUUUUUCACGCUAAUUCGCCCUUGUUGUCCCAGAUAUUACAGGUAUAAAUCAUUGAAACAUUAAAACACAACGAUGACAUCAACGUCGAGGAAACGUAACGAUGGGAGCAGAACAAAAAUGAAAAUGAGCAAGGAACAACUGCAGCUGGCUCUGACUAAGAAACGGCAGUGUGAUGCGAGAGCUUUAGCAAUUGUAGAACGGUUGAUAGAUGAUGCAGUCGACCAAACUUGGCUUUUGGAAAAUCUGGAGCAUAUCAAUCGAUGUCACAUGGACGACGUAGUUGAAGAAAGAGCUAUAUUGAGACGGUGUGGUUAUGCUCUGUGCGACAAUCCAUUGAAAUUGAAUAUAAAUCAAAAAUAUCACAUAUCGACUCGCAAUAAUAAGGUUUAUGAUGUAAGUCGCAGAAAAAAUUUCUGCAGCAAUAACUGUUAUGGAGCAACAAAUUACAUUCUUGAACAAAUGCUCACCAGCCCACUGUGGCUGAGAAAUCCGAAAGAAAAGCCUUGCUUCCAGCUGCUACCUCCCACUGGAUUAAUUAAAAAAAGUACUCCAGGCGAUGAAGUUUACCUGGGACGAGAAAACGUCUCUGUUGAUUCAUGCGAAAUGAAACAAACUGAUAAAGCUAUCGUGUCUGACAAAUUACCAUCAACAGAGAGUAAUAAUGCGAUUGAAAAUACUAUAAAUAAUGUACCUGAUAAUUCCAUAAAUAAAUCAGGCACCGAAAUCGUUGAAGGGGAUGUAAGUGCUAAAGAAAUAGCCAAUCUUCACAAACCCGCAGAACCAGUUGCACGCCAAAGUAAUAAAUGUGAUACUUUGGCGGUUGAACAAGAUGUUCGAUCAAGCAUAAACAACAUUUCCAAAGUAAAUGCAAAACAAGAUAAAACGCGCAAAGUACAUGGCAAACAAGAUGUCAGGAAAAGUAAGGUGGAUUCAAGCUGGUUUGUUGAACGUAUCAAACAUUAUUUACAAGAGUGGCUUACUUUGGAUUCCUUGGCUCUGUUGUCGGGAGAUGUGUGGUUGAAGCAGCAAAAAAUAGAUGAAAUUACGAAACAUACAAAGGACAGUAAAUUCCAAAAGAAAUAUGUUGAACUAUGCCAAAAAAUCGAUUCAUGCCAAGUAGAUGAAGACACUGACGAGGAAGAUAGUAAACGCGAUUUAAAACCUCUACCAGAUUACAGUGUGCUGAAAGAAGCAAGUGCCCAAAUAGAGGUCAAGGUACGAGCAUUUUACCAAGGCCAAACUUUGAUAGAUGCAACAAAACCACCAUCAGGUAACGCAGUUGCUAAUGAGGAAGGUGAUUCCAGUACAUUCAUGCCAAUGCUUGGAGAGCGUGAGCCUAGAACACUCAGGAGACGUAUAAUUUUGGAGAAACUUGAUAAAGUGUUGCCAGAAAUGGUGCGUACCUUGGCUGGAGGCGAGUUUGCUGUUGAUGGAUGUAUCAGCACUAACGGGUGUGGAAAAACGGUGAAAGCUCUUGUAAACACCUUUUCGUUAUCGGCUAGCAAUGUUAUCCCUAAGCCUGCGGAAUGGAACCUUCUUGGCCUUAUUUUUAUAAGACUGUUGAGCACCUCCGAGCCCAGGUUGAGGUUUCUACUGGGUACAGACCGAGCGUCAAAGUAUAUAACUAUGAUUCUAAUGUCUUAUAAUUUGGAGCCUAGUGACUUGGACACGCUGGUAGCGGUGGCAACAGACAUCCAGUUAGUUAGCAAUAAGAAUUUUCCAAAAAAAUAACGAUAAUUCGAUUUCUCCUGACGCUGACAGAUCUUCAGAGAUAUAAAAUGUAUGAUUCUGGUUUCUGUGAUACCACGCAAGCGUGCAUGCGAAAUAAAAUAAUAAAAGUGAA